AUGUCGAUUUGGAAAUGUGCGCGCACAAACACAAGCAUAAAGAAAAGUGCAAGUUAAACGGAUACAGAACUUGAAAGCCUUAUCUUGUUUGGAAAUGAUGCCCAAAUGCUGAAAGUAUUUUUUUGUUGUUCGAAAUGCGAAGUCUUCUUGUGCAAUAACUGCGAAUAAACGGUAUUUUUUCGUUUCCCGGUUCAAAUCAGUCAGGCGAUGCAUCGUCUUUUGGAUUUUCGUGAACUCCACAGUCCUCCAAAUGCGCUACCGGAUCGAUCCCACAGAUUUAGGAGUUUCAUGAUUGAAGAGAUUCUGAAUGAUCCCCCGGCCGCCAACAUGUCUCCUCCGACGGGAGAAGCGCUCAGACUUGGACUGCAAGCACUUUUAUCAACACGAUCAUAUCACAAUCAUUUCGGCCUGAAACCAGAUCAUACUGGGGUUUUCAAGUUGCCUCUUUGCCCUCUGUCGUGCUCUUUCGGCUCUCCGCUGGGAUCCGCGCUCUACCCCCGACCGCCGGGACUGCAGGCCAGCUCCGCUUCUCGGCAUAUGUCCUUAGAACCGCAUCUCCACGGCAAGAUUAACCCCAGACUUGAUGGAGAAAGCAAGACAAAGAAAGGCAGAAGGAGCCGAACAGUGUUUACCGAACUGCAGCUUGUGGGCCUUGAGAAACGAUUCGAGAAACAGAAGUAUCUUUCCACACCGGAUAGAAUAGACCUUGCUGAGUCGCUGGGUUUAAGUCAGUUACAAGUCAAAACGUGGUAUCAAAACAGAAGAAUGAAGUGGAAGAAAGUUGUCCUGCAAGGUGGCGGGCUGCAAUCCCCCACCAAGCCAAAAGGUCGUCCAAAGAAGAAUUCCCUUCCCUCUAGUGAGCAGCUUUCAGAGCAAGAGAAGUCUAUAGACAAAAAUCUGGAGUCAGGCGGUCUGAAAAAUUACAACGUAAACCAGGAGGAAUGAAACGGAGUACGGCUGCCCUGGCGGUGACAGUUUAUUGAACAUUUGAACUGUAUUUUUCUUGGGUGUAUCCAGGGGAACUGAGGAGUGGUGCUGGAGAUAAAUGUCUCGCACGUGGUAUAAGCUUCGUUCAGCUUAUUUUUCAAAAAACAGAGCCUCAGCAACUAGGUGCCCCCAAUCGUUUAGAAAAGCGGAAACCAAAUGAAUGUCCUGCCAGUCAAUUAUUUUCUGCCCCAUGCAAAAGGGACGCACAAAAACGUUCAGCAGAUCACUGAUUCUGUCCCCUCUUUCAGUGAAAUGUCUGAGUACUCUAGUAUUUGUGUUGAGAGUUCCUAUUACUUGUACAUUUAUUUAAUAUGCUGUUUUAACAUUGGUAAGAUAUAUGCAGAUUGUAAGAAUCCCGUUGAAAUUCCGUAAGGAUCAUAUAAGAGUCAUAUACAUUUACACAGACACACAUAUAUAUCUCCCCUAUAUAAAAAUGUAACAUAAAAUUUUCCUAAUCAAGGGAUCGGGAUUUAUGUCCCCUUACCUUUCCCUAUUGUGUGAAACAUCUGCAAAUGCAUCAACGGAUCAACUGUAAAUUUUCAUUUAUUUGUUACAUUUCGUUUCUCUUGUCUCAUUACAAUUUUAAUAUGCCCUCCAAUGCUGCAUAUGUGUCGGAACAGUAAGCUCUAUAAAAUUAAUGUCAUGGAAACAUUUUCUUUGCAUUGUCACAUAAAUGUAUAGCGUUAUAGAUUACUUCGAACGGUAUUCCAUUCUUUAAAGUUUCCUUUAAUUCCAGAACACCCAUUGUGUAACCCCAGCUGGUGUUAAGCAAUAUGAGAAAUCGUUGGUAAGCAAUUAUAGAAACACUAUCAAUCAUGGGGUCUUUUCUCUUAAGUUAAGCGCUUAAAAAGUUACGCGAUUUUGACUUAUACGCAUGGGAGAACUGAGCCCUAUAUAUUUGUACUUUUUAAACCGUAGCGUUGAUAAAAUCUGCACUAGAAGUAAUAAGCUAGGGUGUUUUGCUUGUCAAUGUUGAUCUUUUUAGUGAGGACUGGUGACGUUUGUUAAUGUCGUACUACUUGUCUUUCGUCUCCAAAGACAUACAGUGAUUUUUGUGUCCUUGCCGGUGAUUCGCAUGCAAACAUAAUGUUACGUGUGGAGUAAUUAUUUGUUGUAGACUACAUUCUUCCAAUAAAAUAUACCCUGCGUUUUUUAAGGACCGUGUCGGCUACAACUGGAACUUGCCUUAUUCUAGCCUCUGAAUCAGUGCAGGGAUUCUGCUCGUUUCGGAUGUUACGUCAUUUAUAAACGUCAUUA